UGCAGCUCCCGAUAUGACGUCACUAAGGAUAUGGGAGUGGUCUGUUAGUUCGUGGGGGCGGGGCUACGCAGACUGUGCCCGGAAGUUGCUGGGUACUGAGGACCGCCAGGGUGGAGCUAUAGAGAGGGAGCCCUGCUGACUUGUGUCCUCAUCAGUGCACCCGACCACCCAUAGGGGGCGUCCUGGAGUCUGUAUCCACAUCUGGGGAGUAAUACAGGAUUCCCAGGAAAGGUAUACACACCUUUCAGAAUGAAUAUCUACAAGAGCAUCACAGAUAUGACUGGAGGGGUUGGCACGUACCACCACCCUUCAUGUGACCAGUGAGGAGGACAGACGACAGGUGCCACCCAUGGGAUAAGGAUGCCGGUCCGAAGAGGUCACGUCGCCCCUCAGAACACCUUCCUGGACACCAUCAUAAGGAAAUUCGAAGGACAAAGUCGAAAGUUCAUCAUCGCCAACGCUCGCGUGGAAAACUGCGCCGUCAUUUACUGCAACGAUGGAUUCUGCACCAUGUGUGGCUACACCAGGGCGGAGGUCAUGCAGAGACCCUGCACCUGCGACUUCCUGUACGGCCCGCGUACCACCUCCAGCGCGGUCUCACAGAUCGCUCAGGCCCUGGUGGGAUCCGAGGAACGUAAGGUGGAAAUCUCCUUCUAUCGUAAAGACGGAAGCUGCUUCUUGUGCCUGGUUGACGUGGUCCCGGUAAAGAAUGAGGAUGGUGCCGUCAUCAUGUUUAUCCUGAACUUUGAGGUGGUGAUGGAGAAGGAUCUCCUGACCUCCCUGACCAAGAACUCCAACCACCGGGUCCAGUCACAUUGGUUUCCCCCAGGUAGAGCAAAGUCCUUCAGGUUGAAGUUCCCUGCAUUACUGACACUGACCGGUAGUAAGCAGUCGCUGCCCCAGGACGACCCCGAUGUGGUGGUGGUGGACUUCUCCAAGCACAGCAGUGACUCUGUGGCUCUAGAAGAUGUGACCGUGGCCCCAGUGGAUAACUGUGUGGGCUCUCGUCCGGAGGACCAGCAGGCAUUGAUCAGUGGCACAGAGCCCAAGAAGGAAGAAGAUGUCAGCAAGGACCCUGCAGUGCAGUCUUCUCCUCGGGCAGAUAAGGACCACCUCAACCUGGACAUGUCCUUCUCUAACUGUAGCCUGACCCGCAGUCGCUCCCGGGAAAGCUUCUACAGCGUCCGCAGGGCCUCUUCUGUGGAUGACAUAGAGGCCAUGAAGGUCGACUUGGACAAGAAGUUUCGGAAGCGUAACUCUAGCACAGGUGGCAUGAACAACGUCCGGAUGAAUCUCUUGAACUCCACAUCAGACUCCGACCUCAUGAAGUACAGAACGAUUAGUAAGAUCCCACAGAUCACCCUCAACUUUGUGGACUUUAAGGGAGAUUCUUUCCUCACGUCGCCUUCCAACGAUAAAGAGAUUAUUGCUCCCACCAAGCUGAAGGACCGAACCCACAAUGUGACUGAGAAGGUCACGCAGGUCCUGUCACUGGGAGCCGAUGUCCUUCCUGAGUACAAACUACAAGCUCCCCGUAUCCACAAAUGGACAAUUCUCCACUAUAGUCCUUUUAAAGCUGUCUGGGACUGGCUGAUCCUCCUUCUCGUCAUCUAUACCGCCAUCUUCACGCCAUACUCUGCCGCCUUCCUUUUGAAUGACCAGGAGGAGCAGAACAGAGAAAACUGUGGCUACUCCUGCAAUCCUCUCAGCGUGGUGGACUUGAUGGUCGACAUCAUGUUCAUCAUCGACAUCCUCAUCAACUUCCGCACAACCUACGUCAACACCAACGAAGAAGUGGUCAGCCACCCGGGCAAAAUCGCCAUCCACUAUUUCAAAGGCUGGUUCCUCAUUGACAUGGUGGCUGCCAUUCCUUUUGAUCUUCUGAUUUUUGGCUCUGGCUCUGAGGAGACUACUACUCUGAUCGGUCUACUGAAGACGGCCCGCCUCUUACGCCUGGUACGAGUGGCCCGAAAGUUGGACCGCUACUCGGAGUAUGGGGCGGCGGUGCUGUUCCUCUUGAUGUGCACCUUCGCUCUCAUCGCUCAUUGGCUGGCAUGCAUCUGGUACGCGAUUGGACACAUGGAACACUAUGACCCGGAGUAUCGCACAAUCGGCUGGCUCUACUCACUGGGCACCCAGAUCAUGAAACCCUACAACAACAGUAACACCAAAUCCGGCCCAACCAUCAACGACAAAUAUGUCACUGCCCUCUACUUCACCUUCAGCAGUCUGACCAGCGUCGGCUUCGGAAAUGUAUCACCGAACACCAACUCUGAAAAGAUUUUCUCCAUCUGUGUCAUGCUGAUCGGAUCGCUCAUGUAUGCCAGUAUUUUCGGGAAUGUGUCUGCCAUCAUCCAGCGCCUGUACUCCGGCACUGCCCGAUACCACACCCAGAUGCUGCGGGUGCGCGAGUUCAUCCGCUUCCAUCAGAUCCCGAACCCUUUGCGGCAGCGAUUGGAGGAGUAUUUCCAACACGCGUGGUCUUAUACUAACGGCAUCGACAUGAACGCAGUCUUGAAGGGGUUCCCUGAGUGCCUCCAGGCGGACAUUUGUCUACAUCUGAACAGAAGUCUUCUUCAGAACUGUAAACCUUUCAAAGGAGCCACAAAAGGCUGUUUGCGGGCCCUGGCCAUGAAGUUUAAGACCACCCAUGCCCCUCCUGGGGACACCCUGGUCCAUGCGGGCGAUGUUCUCACAGCUCUUUAUUUCCUGUCCCGUGGAUCCAUUGAAAUUUUACGUGGAGAUGUGGUGGUCGCCAUAUUGGGGAAGAACGAUAUAUUUGGAGAGCCACUCAAUCUGUACGCUCGGCCUGGAAAGUCCAACGCAGAUGUCCGAGCUUUGACCUACUGCGACCUCCACAAGAUUCACCGGGAAGAUCUGCUGGAAGUACUGGACAUGUACCCGGAAUUCUCUGAUUAUUUUUGGUCUAGCUUAGAGAUCACGUUUAACCUUCGAGAUACCAACAUGAUCCCGGGAUCUCCGAGCAGCGAAGAGUCUGACAGCGGAUUCAACAAGCUCAGGCGGCGCAAGCUGUCAUUCCGCAGAAGGACCGAAAAAGAUGCUGACAAUGCCGGGGAGGCCAAGAAAGGUCAAAGGUGGAGUCGGCUAAGCCGGAACAAUUUAGCUCCAGAGGAUAAAAGUUGGGGUGAGCAGCACAGUAGCCCCCCAUCCAGUCCAUUGUCCAGUGAUGAUGAGCAGCCGGCACCGGUGUCCAGCACCGUGGAGCUCUCUCCAACCAGAGCUACGUGCAGUAACUUCACAGGAGCGAGCCGGGCGGAGGCCGAGGGGGAUCAGAGCGGCCGGGACGUGUGCAAUCAUCUGUCAGGUGCUUUCUCUGGUGUAUCUAACAUCUUUAGCUUUUGGGGGGACCGGACUGGACGUCAGUACCAGGAGCUGCCGCAAUGCACCAUCCCUGCCCACUCCACCCUCAGCGUUCCUGUGCCUUCCCUCAGCCGGCGGCAAAAAUGUGAAUUAGGGAACAGGCUGGAUCAGCUGCAGAAGCAACUCAACAGGUUGGAGAACCGCAUGGUGACCGACAUAAACACUAUCAUGCAGUUACUGCAGAAGCAGAUGGUCAUCGUCCCCCCAUCAUACAGCACCGUCUCCUCCCCCCCUCAGAUGUCCGGCUGCCCCCCGUGUGGAGAGCAGACCAUUGCAUCCUCUUCUCAGGUUUUUGAAUACCAGGAUGUGGAGGGAAUGAAGUAUAAGUUAUGUGAAAUGCCCUCUGGCCCCCCAGACUCUCCACGCGGAGCCCACCUACAGCCCUCGACGCCUCUCACUCCCCCGGGAACUUGGAGGACCCAUUGGACUUGAGGACCCCACAGAGACAUUGCUCUGACCCGGGCAGUUAGGGGCAGGUACUUUGGGGAAACUACUGUCAGAAUAUGGGCACAAGCCAAACCCUGGCACCGUAAGAAUAAAAAAAAAAAAAAAAAAGAAUAAAGGCCAUAUGAAGUCACGCCAGGAAAACGUCGUAGCACAGACACCCGUCAUGGCGUUCUACAAGUGGACGGACGCAGCGGGUGAUGGAAAUACAGAGCAGAAUCCUCCCGUACUGGGGGAGGCUGGAACCAUAUGUGGAAAUUCUGCAUCAUAACAGGCUAAAGACCUUUCUGUGAUAUCAUCGCCUCGAGCGCCAACCGCGGCCAGUCGUUUGUAGACGCAAAACCGCCGUGGUAGGACUCGGGCGACCCAUAGUUUUCUGUCCAUCUUCUAUGAUCACUCUCUUAUCUAGGGGAUGACACCGCGAGGAGUAACCAGGUAAAGAAGGGACUAUAUCAUCCAGAAGACCGGGGUCUAAUACUUUACUCCCGUUCUCCAGUGACGGAACGUUUUAGCUGCGCAGAUACGGACUGAUUCUAGGUUUGCUUCUAGGCGGUCGGACUGUUCCUAUUUCAGACCUGUUUUGGGGGUUCCCUUUACUUGAGGAAGUGGGGUUUCCUUUAAGGCAGUGUUUCUU